AUGCAGUUCCUUACUUCAAUCCUCCUGCUGGCAGUCCUUGCCCUGACUGUAGCUGCUGCGCCCGCCGUCGACACCCUCGAUAUUGAAGCCUUCGACGCCAUUGACUACUCUCUGCCGCGCUCUGCAGACCGUGACAUUGCCUUCGAUGAUACCGACGCAGCAGCCUACGCUAGGCUCAAGGCUGGGGCUAACUCAACCCUCCAGGCGCGCGACUACAACUACGAGCUCGAGUGCAACAAAUACUGGUUCGUCCACAGUUAUCGUGUUGUAGAAGGCAUGAAGUAUCUCGACAGGCUUACAACAACGCCCAAACUUGGACCAUCGCGAUGCACACGGGUCAGCUGUUCGUGGGAAACAGCUAUCCACUGGUGCAAUGACGACCCGGACCACUCCAUGGAGCUCCAGUGGUUUGCACGACUUGCGCGUAGCGCCGAAAUCAUUGUGGACCACUGUGCCAACUCGGUGGGGAUGGUUUCCGGGACCCUCUACAAUGCAGAUGGCUGGAGAGUUGUUGUCAAGAAAACGGGGGAUGUAGAAGGGGACCCGAAAUGCUGA